AUGUCGGAGGACCUUUUCUCGGUCUUGGCGGCCAUCGGAAUCAUCGCACUCGUUUACCGAUGGUUUACCACUUCUCCCACUACGAAUCCCAAUGGCUCUAAUUCUUCGGGAACUCUCACAGCACUUCAACGUCGGGCAAUGAGCCUGCCAAGAAGCCAAGUCGAUCGACUCUUGACGAUGUUCCCGCAGCUCACAGAAAACGAAGUUCGAUAUGCUCUCGUCGUUAAUCGUGGCGGAGUAGAGGCUGUGGCCGAACGUGUACUGAUUAGAGGCGGGUUGGAACCCCCACCACCGAAUUUCUUCCCACAAAGCAGCACUCCACCAGCAACACCACAAUCAAACACAAACAACGGGAACAACACUUCUACUGAAAACGCAUCCUCUCAAACAAGCUUACCGAAAACCAAUCCGAGUCUGAUUACCAAGUUUAAUCUCCAAGCUCACAAAGCCGAUCAAGAUCGAUUAUUUCGUGAAAACAAAGAUUGGACAUGGGAAGAGUGUAAAUCAAGAGUUAUAGACCAGAAGCUACAACCAGCCUCUAAUGAUGACGAAGGCCCAGGUCCAGGUUCUUCUAGUCUGCAAGACCGCAAAGCUAGGAUGGUGCUUGAAUCUAGAUGGAAAAUGCUACAGAAAGAGAGGAAAGGGAAAAGUGUCGCAACAAAUUAA